AUUUCGUGCUAGAUUGAAGUUUCUAUUCGCGGUGGUCUAUCUUCAGUGACCUAAGCUGUACGAAUUGUGUUUUUUUUGAAGUUUGUACGUUUCCUUUUAAAUACUGUUCAGAAAACAAUAAACAUUUUUCGUGCUGUAUACGAUUUUACGUACAGUUUGUUGUUACAAAUGUGCGAUACAAUAUAUUUAUAUGGAAAACGCAAAUACGAAGAAAGAUCAUACUAUCGCGACAGUGUAUAUAUGUACUCGAUGAAUUAUUUGGUUGUGUUAAAAUAAAUGGAAAUUAUUAGUGAGAAAAACUUUUAAAUGUAAAUACAUCGGAAAGAGAAUGGCAGGAGUAUUUGAUAUAGAAUUACACGAAGGUGAUUCUUCUGUCAAUCAAGACGAUUCGGACGACGAUGUUCUAGAAAACAGAGAAGAUGAUUAUGAUCAUUCCACAAACGUCAAUACUAUUUUAGAAUCCGAUAAUUUGGAGAGAGUUCAAUUAUCCGAAGAAAACGUAAACCCUGGUCAAGAAAAAGCUGGCCCUCAAGAUUUUGAACUAUGUAAGAUUCUCGGGGCUGGUGGAUAUGGGAAAGUUUUCCAAGUGAAAAAGGUUACUGGGAAAGAUAAGGGCAGUAUUUUUGCAAUGAAGGUACUGCGGAAAGCUUCUAUUAUAAGGAAUCAGAAGGACACAGCACAUACAAAAGCGGAAAGAAAUAUCUUAGAGGCUGUAAAGCACCCAUUUAUUGUCAAUUUAAUGUAUGCUUUUCAAACUGGUGGUAAAUUAUAUUUAAUUUUGGAGUAUCUUUGUGGUGGAGAACUUUUUACUUACUUGGACAGAGAAGGCGUGUUCUUAGAAGACACAGCUUGUUUUUAUUUAUCCGAGAUCAUACUUGCACUUCAACAUCUGCACAAUCAGGGUAUUAUUUACAGAGAUUUGAAACCAGAAAAUAUCUUACUGGACGGCGAAGGUCAUGUUAAAUUGACAGACUUUGGCUUGUGCAAAGAACACAUACAAGAAGGUACAGUGACGCACACUAUUUGCGGAACUAUAGAAUACAUGGCACCAGAAAUUUUAACGAGAAGUGGACAUGGUAAGGCCGUUGACUGGUGGAGUUUAGGUGCGCUAAUGUAUGACAUGCUUACUGGAAUGCCACCGUUCACAGGAGAUGAUAGAAACGAAACAAUCGAGAAGAUUUUAAGAGGAAAGUUAUGUCUUCCGGAAUAUCUAACACCAGAUGCUAGGGAACUGAUACGAAAAUUAUUAAAAAGGCAAGUAUCUCAAAGAUUGGGAUCGGGUCCAGAAGAUGCGGAGCAAAUAAUAAAUCACAAUUUUUUUAAACAUAUCAAUUGGCACGACGUAAUCUCAAGAAAACUUGAACCUCCCUUUAAGCCAUCGUUAAAAAGUGCUGACGAUACGUCACAAUUUGAUGAACAGUUCACAGCCUCCGUACCUGUAGAUUCGCCAGUUGAAAGUACUCUUAGCGAAUCUGCUAAUAUGAUCUUUCAAGGUUUUACCUAUGUAGCACCGAGUGUUUUAGAAGAAAUGUACUCGCAGCCGAGAGUUGUGAAUGCUAAAAGUCCCCGUAAAGGUUUCUUAGGCACAGGCUUUAGCGGAAGUCUUCACAGUUUAUCGCCAAGAUCACCAGAUGCUCACCUUCGCACAUCUUCUCAUUUUCGUCCACACAGGCAUCCCAUGCUAGGUUCGAAUAAUGUGGAAGACACGGAAAUGACAGAUAUAGAUCAGCAGUCGUUAUAGUCACUCAAGAGACAGAAGUGUGCAAGAAAGCUUUUGUCUUCCGUAUUAAGCCGGGGCAAGUGUUAACAGCAUCAUUUCUUGGCUUUCUUACUUUCUUGCAGUUCAGCGAUUACACUCGAAAAAUUUAGUACGAUUUACUUGGGUAGAUGCAUAGAAAAAAAAGCAAUGAAUUUUAAGUCGAAAGGAGAGUUACAUACAUUGAUCCAGCAGAGCAGUGGUGCUACACGCGUUUCAGAUAAAUACGCAGGCCUGUGACUGUUCUAGCAUGACUAACCACUGUUUACGUUAUAAAGAAGGAAAGUAAUAUGUUUUCGUUGUGUAAAUAUACGUAGAUUUUUGAUAAGCAAUGCAGUUCGAAAGGAGGGGAAUGUGCCGUACUUGAAAGGUCUAAGAGAUAUUUUUGAAGACAUGAUAUUCCAUUGUUGCAACGAGUUACCCAACUAUUUAACAUGUCUGACCUGUCAAAGAAGUACGACUUUAUUGUUAAUGUAAAAAAUAGGUCAAUGAAAAGAACUGAUCCUGUAACAAUAACGGUUCGCUUUUAAUGAAAGUUUAAAGCCUGACAAAAUUCUUUAACAGAACUUUAAAUUUAUUACUAUAUUAUAAUUUAUUUUGAGUUGCAACAGUGAUAAAAAGCAACCAUUUAAAUAGAAUUGUACGUCUUUGUGUAGCGCAUGAAAAUCAUUGGUAAUGUCAAGUGUAAUAAAUGUAGCCAAUGUUCGAAUUUUUCGUUCUCUAUCAUUAAUAUCAGGUAUAAUUGAUUUAUAAUCAUCUAUCUGUGUCACUGUGUUAUGCAGUAAGAAAUCAAAUACCGCAUUAAGUUGUAUUUAUAUAUCUAUGAUAGAGUCAGAUGAACAUCUUAGGCAUAUUUAACUCAUAUUUCAUUAAUGCCUCUAACGUUAUACAGAAUGAGUCGCCUAAGACAAGCCACUUAAAUAAUUUCUACAGUUUUGAAAACAUCAAAUUGUUUUGUAGGUUACCUUUAUCUUUUUAAAUACAACCCGCGUAUAUUAAAAACGUUUUGAAUAUGAAUAUCUUUUCCUACCUUUAAAAUUGUAGCUGUUAUUCAGGUGACAUUUCUUAGGAAACUCGCACUGUUUACGCAUCUAUACUUAAAAACGUUUUCCUUUUUAGUGGAAAAGGCGAUGAACCCAAAUUGUAUUGGUAUCGUCUUAAUAUAUUAUCAUGGUUUAUGUCGUACCUUAAUUAAUAAUUAAUCCGAUUCCCUUUUAGAUAUAAUUAUGAAAGUGACAAUUACACAACAGAUUCAAACUGCCCAAGUGUUCACAGCCGACAGCUGGAUAGUAUUAACUUUUACAUAGAAAGCGCAUAUAUGUUCGCGUGGUUAGUAAAUAAAUAUGUAAAAGUCUUGUUAAUAGGUGAUUAUGUUAUAUUAAAGAAAUAUAUUAAGAGUGAGAAUUUGAUGGUUUGUAAGAUACAUACAUAUAUUAUGUAUCUCAUAAUACAUCUAUAUAUAUUACAAAUAUUUCAGGGAUAAAACGAUGCUUUUCUAGAUACAAAAUACAGCGAACAUUUUACUUGUUACAUGUAUACUACGUGUAUUACAUGUAUUACUACUACUUACGUGUAUUACUACAUGUAUUACUAUGUAUAAUAGAUACUUGUAAUGUAACAAGGUGAGUCUCACAUUUCCAUAUAUGUGUAUGCAUUUCUUAUAAUGCGAUAGUUCCAUCACUGGAAUCGAAUUAAUCGGAAACAAAAAAAUAUCUUCCAUCAAUAUCUUUCAAAAUGUUUCACAUUAAUUUAAACUACUAAAAUAAUGAUUUUCAUAUAUAUAUUAUGGAAUCGGUAUAUUUUUGGGACAUGUAUAGUUAAAUAAGAAUGAAACUGCUGUUCGCUUUACCUUGUAUUUUCAUCUGUUUAGAACUAUAGAAAAAUUAAUGCACUUUAUUUUACUUAAUAUUUAUUCUGUAAUCCUUUAUCGUUAAAAACCACACCUACUUAUAUAUAUGUAUGUUAUCUUUAAUCAAANAUCUAUUGUAUACAUUAAACAUUCAAAGAAAGAUGAUUAUUCUUAA